GGAAUAUUUGAAACUUCUCGUAUGUACAAUAAACAAAUAAACAAUAAUAACGUUCAAGCUGAAAAUUAGAGUGGUGCUUUAGUUAACAUUUUACAACGUUUGCCGCGCGCGUAUAGGGAAUUUCCCGUCGAAGUCAUUCGUUGCAGUGAAUUUCUGCGUCUCGGUGGUGUUUUAGUUGUUUUGAGUUGUGAUUUUAAGCUGUGUGGUCAGUGAAGUGCAAUCCACGAGCCAAGCGCAAAAGAUAAAUGACGGUGUGUGCAACAGGAAGUCGGUGAAGUGAGAAUAGAUAAACCGGCGGAACCCAACACGGCCUCUGCUUCAAACUCGCGCCAUCACAAAUCAAACGGAUGUGACACCGCUUUGCGGAGCUUUGUUUCGCCGAACCGCGCGACGAGAGUCCGACCUACCACAGGAAUCGACACCCCCGACACCACUCCGUCCGGCAGGCCACGCCGCAGCGUUUCCUCCCACAAUUUCCGGAGGGUUAGCGUCCAACAGCCGAUGGUUUAAAUGGACGCUACAUCCAUCAUUACGCAGGUGUCGCGGGAUGACGAGCAGCAGCUGAACAGUAGUUUUCCGAACGAAAAAGUCAACAAUGUAGAUAGGCUAAAACCGCCGAAACGGGGUUUCUUCGAGACGAUAUUCUGCUGCUGGCGGAAUGGGCGAACGAAAAGCAAUCAGAGCGGGACGCCGAUCGAUGGAUCCAUCACGCCACCUCCGAUCCAGGGCCAGCCCCGGUAUCUGCUGCCGCAAGUCCGACCAUCCGAUGUGUACAAGAAGUGCAUGGUGAUAGACUUAGAUGAAACCCUAGUUCAUAGCAGUUUUAAGCCAAUUCCAAACGCGGAUUUCAUAGUGCCAGUCGAGAUCGACGGAACCGUACAUCAGGUGUACGUGCUGAAGCGACCACACGUCGACGAGUUCCUGAAGAAGAUGGGCGAACUGUACGAGUGUGUCCUGUUUACGGCCUCGCUGGCCAAGUACGCCGAUCCGGUGGCCGAUCUGCUCGAUCAGUGGAACGUGUUCCGGGCGCGAUUAUUUAGGGAAUCGUGCGUCUUCCACAUGGGCAACUAUGUGAAAGAUCUCAAUAAGCUAGGGAGAGAUUUACAGAAGAUUGUUAUUGUUGACAAUUCACCUGCUAGUUAUAUAUUUCACCCGGACAACGCAGUGCCAGUGAAGUCGUGGUUCGACGAUGUCAACGAUUCGGAGCUGCUCGAUCUGAUUCCACUGUUCGAGAAGCUAAGCAAAGUGGACUCUGUCUAUACGGUCCUGUGCAACUCUAGCUCACAGUCCCCGCUGCCGACGUCGCUGUCCCAUCACAACCAGCAGGACCUGCAGCAGCAGCAGCAGCAGCAACAGCAACAGUUACAGUCCAACUCGUCCGACGGCAACAACACGUAACAUUGGCAACAAAUGUUUAUCAAUAUCGUAUGAUUUGCGCACGCCACGUUUCUCAGACGCAAAAACGCGGGAAUCGGCCCACAUACACAACCGGAACCGGAAUAUAACAGCCACAGCCGCCGAUCGGGCGGAAGGAACGAGAGGGAUGUUGUGUAGGGAAAACAUUUAGCAAAAACGCGGAAAAUAGCAGCAUAAAAGUAGGGUAGAGCCCGGGAGCAGACGGGCUCGGAGUAACGGCGGUGUACGCGGUGACGAUCGUGUACGGGAUCGUUUAGUGCGUACGCGGAAAUAUGGAACAUUAACACACGAAAACACGUACACCAGAGAGCAAUCAUUGUUAAUUUACAUUGUUAUUCUUUUUUUAUUAUUAAUAAUGAUAAUAAUAUUAUUUGAUAUACUACUACUACUACUACUACUAUUACUACUACACCGAUGAUACACGACGCGCGCCCGCUAGGUAAUGUUAUUUUAAAAUAUUAUUUUAAAACACCUUCCCUCUGAAGGCGCCCCCCGGAUGCGGAGUGCGGAGGAACGGCCGCCACUAAAGAAGAAAGUAAUGCUAAUAAUAUUAAUAAUCAUCGUCAUGAUAAUGAUACACAUAUUGCGUGCGUGUACAAUACUUGCUACAACAAUAAGAUCACACGAUCGAUCUGAUCGUCGUGUAUCCCCCGGGGAGAUCACCCAACACGGUAGGAUGGUGAUCCCGUCCGCGUCGCGUCGCGACCCACGGCAAUACGUUUUCGUACUAUUUGUUUUUAUCUUUUUUUCUUUUAAAUAAUCGAGUGUACUAAAGAUAAUGAGCGCAGCAUCCGGGAUUGAUAGAGGGCACGAAGCGCCGCGCCACGCAACGUAUUAACCACACAACACAACCACAACAACCACCAUCCAUAGAUAGAGCAGCAGCAGCAUAGAAUACCAAUAGAAGAAAACGGACGAACAGGACGAGCGAGUUUUAUAGUUCAAUAUAGCUUUUUUACGGCAAAUUAUAACCGAACGCGGGUAAAGGGCGGAGGACCGUGCGGCCUCGAACACGACGACGGCGGAGAGCGGAGGGACACGGAAAUCUUUCUUACAAACUCUCUUCCCUUCACUUUUAGGCCCCCCUCCCGAAAAACCACCCAACACGCCGGAGACAGAAUAAAGAGCGAACGAUCGUGAAAUAAUAAAUACGUGUACAGUUUUAGACCCUAACCGGCACAGCAGAGCGCGACAGGUAAGCGGAACGCUGCCCCCCCAUAAUUAACCUAUACACGCCAAGAAGUAGUGGCUGGCCGCGCAAGCAACGCAAGAGAUUGUACAGUUUUAUAUCGAAAAAAACCCGGCGACACAGAGAGGUGGAGAGACAAAUAGGCAAAAUUGGAAUUGAGUGCGGGCUCUGGUCGAACUUGGUAAUCAGUUUUAUGAGGCACACAAGUUUUGCUUUCGACACCUUUCGACUAAAUCGCGGGCGCGCAGUGAUAGUGGCCACACUUCCGCCGCCCCGCCCCCCAGGAACACAUAUCAGUUC